AUGUUUUGGUCAGCAUUUCUUCAAUGCGACCCCAACUCGGUCUUCUUCGGGUUUAUGGGGAUUACUUCGGCAAUAGUUUUCGCAAACCUCGGCGCGGCCUAUGGCACUGCCAAGAGCGGCGUGGGCGUUAGCAGCGUCGGAGUGAUGCGCCCAGACCUAAUUAUGCGUUCCAUUUUGCCGGUCAUUAUGGCGGGUAUUUUGGGCAUUUACGGGCUCAUCAUAUCCAUUGUCAUUUCGUCUGUCAUGGGCUCGCCGGACGUCUACUCGGCUUACGCAGGCUUCGGCCAUUUGGCUGGCGGGCUGGCAGUGGGUCUCAGCUCUCUGGCUGCAGGUCUUGCAAUUGGAAUAGUGGGAGACGCGGGUGUGCGCGCCAAUGCCCAGCAGCCCAAGCUGUUCUUCGGUGUUACUCUUAUUCUCAUUUUCGCUGAGGCCAUUGGACUUUACGGUCUGAUUAUUGCGCUGGUCAUUGUCACGCGCAAAGUCGACGGGCUCUGCACGAGCUACAAGGCAUGA